GAUGUUCAUUCCUGUCAUCAGGUCCAUGCCAUUCGAGAGCGUGAGUUUGGACUGAAGACUGACCUGGAUUGCUAUCAAUUUACUACCUGCCCGAAUCAUCAAGACAAACCCUACGAUGGGAGCCCAACUCUCAACGCAUGACGCUGCCGAUAAGGCCCUUGUCGAUCGCCUCGAAGGUCUUCAGGUCCGCAGCACGUCCAACGACUUUGUCCAUGUAUCUAAGGAUGGGUCGCAGAGCGAGAAGCAGGCUCUUUCCAGACUUAUCCAUCGCGAACCAGAGGGUAUCUCUGUCAAGCUUGUAGAAGACUGGCAGAGCACCUUUCUCAAGGACCCCAAGAACAGGUUGGCCCUUUCUGCCCUCAGCAAUGCCGAUCCGCGUACCGUCCUGACGUCUACACCCGCCACGCUGUCUGACCCUCAAAUAUUCAACGUCCGCAUCCCCCUCGAGGGAACGCCGAUAACAAACCAGCGCUCUUCCGGCCGCUGUUGGCUCUUCGCCUCGACGAAUGUUUUCCGUGUUGCCCUCGCCCGCCGCUACAACCUUGCGGGCUUCGAACUAUCACAGUCCUACCUUUUUUUCUGGGACAAGCUCGAGAAGGCCAACUGGUUCCUCGAGCAGGCCAUUGCCACGGCUGCCGAUCAUGACCUCGACUCCCGACUCGUGCAGCACCUCCUCGGUGACCUCAUUUCAGAUGGCGGGCAAUGGGACAUGGUCUACAACCUCGUCGACAAGUAUGGUCUCGUGCCUCAAUCCUUGUACCCGGACUCGUGGAAUGCCCAGAAUUCGGGUGUCCUCAACUCCGUGCUCAAGACGAAGCUGCGCGAGUAUGCCCUCACCCUCCGCUCUCUUGUCAACGAGCAGAGCGCUACUGCUCAAAGCGUCAAGGACGCCAAGUCCAAGAUGCUCCAGUCCAUCCUGGGAAUCUUGACCCUGACACUUGGCGCACCGCCACACCCGCACGAGGCCUUCGUUUGGACCUACGAAGACAAGGACGGCAAAGCCCAUGAGCUGACAUCGACCCCGCGCGCCUUUGCCCGCGACAUCUCCUCGAGUCAAUGCCGCGUUUCGAGCGCCACCAUUGCAGGUAUGGUCUCGCUCGUGCACGACCCGCGUCACGACCCCUUGACCCUCUUGACCGUCGACCGCCUCGGCAACAUUGUGGGCGGCCGCCCAGUCACCUACGUCAACGUCUCCAUUUCCGCCCUCAAGGCAGCCUGCGUGCGCCAGCUUCGCGCCGGCCUCCCCAUCUUCUUCGGCUCUGAUGUGGGCAAAUUCAGCUCCUCGCGCUCCGGUGUCAUGGACCUCGACCUUGUCGACUACGAAGUCGGCUUCGAUGUGAGCCUGCUCGCAAUGUCCAAGGCCGAUCGCCUGCGCACGGGCGAGUCGCAGAUGACCCACGCCAUGGUCUUGACGGCCGUCCACAUCGACGACAAGACGGGCCGCAGCGUCCGCUGGCGCGUCCAAAACAGCUGGGGCGAGGCCGCCGGCGACAGGGCUGGUUCGUCAUGAGCGACGCCUGGAUGGACGAGUUUGUCUACCAGGCCGUCAUCGAUCCCCGCUUCCUCGACAAGGAAACAAAGGACGUCCUCAGGCAGGAGCCGGUCGUGUUGCCGCUGUGGGAUCCCAUGGGCAGCCUGGCAUGAGGGGCAACCUAUUUCAGGAGCAGGUUUGCAAUCUGGUCUGAUAAGUUAUAGACAGUAUGGCUCCCGUCGUUGAGUCGCAUUACUACACCAGGCCCGAUCAUACCUACUCAUUGGAGAAUUGAACACGCACAGCGGUUUGUCUGUCGUGCGCUACUUGUGAAGACCUGCCCCGGUGAUCUGAUACAGUAAAGGACCGACCAUGUCUACAUGUUCAAGCAGUGCAAUACGCAGGCCUUGAGUCGAGGUUCCCUGCUUGGAUCCGAACACAAUGCAGUUCGUGCAAGAUUUCGUUGAGUGGACUGGCAACUUGGUCAACCAAAGUUGAGUACCAUACCAAGACCAUGCCCUAGAGCCGAUUUGUUACAAGCACCACUGUUCGCUAGUAGUAUUUGCUCGUCGUGGCAGCACCCAGC